UUUUAAAAUAAAAUGUUCAGACAAAUCUCAUGUGACCCUCCUAAAAGAUAUGGGAAAGGAAUCACUGUUAACAGUAAUCCUGAAGCAAAAGUUCAAAUCUCAGUGAAAGACUGGCAGCAACCCUUGAAAUCAAACUUUGCGUACUCAUUUUGUGAUUUUUCAAAUAAGAGUGACUUCCAAAGAGUCAAAAGACGAAGCAAUCAAUCGACUCUUGGACUCGGACUUGAGACUACGAAAAUGAUGGAUAGGACUCUAGCAAAGGACAGUUUCAAACCAUUCCCUAAAGGGUAAGUUUACAAAGAGAACUUUCCCAAUCAGAAGUAAACUUGGCCUCAACGAGUCGUCUCUUCAGUUUGGAGAUCAGAAGCCAGAUUUUAAAUCAAUGUCUCUCCACCUUCAUGGAAACCCCAAAAACAUGAAGUGUAAAAAUGACUUUACCUUCAAAAAUUAUAAUCAAAGAACCAAUGUACUCACCGGAGAACUCUAUGACAAGAAUCAUAGAAGCUAUGGCUUUGAAAGCUGGAAUGAGCAUGGUCAGGGAAGGUCCUCUCAGAACAAGAUGGUGUUGCUGAAUCCUAAGGCC